AUGCAGACCUUCGUUACCGUGUUAGCGGGGGAGCGGAAAACGUUUUAACCCUGGAAUUUUAUCACUAUUGUUUAACAUGAAAGUUUAAAAUGGAGAUUAACCAGCGCUGAUUUCCCUCAGCCCAGCAGCUAGUGCAGAAAUUGGUGAAGUGAAAGAGACAGCCAUGCGCAGACUACAGGAGCGAUACUGAGGAUCUACCGUCAGGGGAACCGAACGGAUCGGUCGCCAUUUUGCUGGCGAGAAGGAACAUUGUCGUGUGAAUAUUUGAGUGAAUCGUUGGAUUUAAGGGUCCUCCGGGAUGGAGGAGACUAAGAUUAUUUAUCACAUAGAUGAUGAAGACACUCCUUAUUUAAUAAAAUUGCCAAUUCCCGCUGAUCGUGUAACACUAGGAGAUUUCAAGAAUGCACUUAAUCGACCCAACUACAAAUUUUUCUUCAAAUCUAUGGACGAUGAUUUUGGAGUGGUCAAAGAGGAGAUCAUCGAUGAUGACGCCCAUCUGCCGUGUUUUAAUGGACGGGUUGUGUCUUGGUUGGUGCCAGCAGAUAACAGCGCCUCUGACACCCAGUCACAAUGUACAGAAUCACAGGCUGGGGAUGUUGUCCACCCACACCUACCCUCGGAACGGGUUGGGGGCAUCGGGGACAGCCGACCCCCAUCCUUCCAUGCCAAUCCGUCUGUGGUCAGCUGUGAUAACCUGGAUAAUGAAGCAUGCGACACCUGUACAGAGACAGAGUCUGUCAUGAGCAGACGAGAUCGAGUUCCGAGUCGCAGCUCGCGUCACUCACAUGGUAGUUAUAGAGGAGACCCUUUCCAUGGCCCCCGGAUAAAUGGCCAUGCCAAACACGACCGUUUACGAGAGCUCAGAGAGCGGGACCCCCGACUGGCCUAUGAAUCCUCGUCCAUGAUGAGUAGUGACCUUGAUAGCUUUUUUGAUUCAGAAGAUGACACUGCUAGCAGAUUCUCCACACAAACUGGCACCACAGAGAGAUCCUCCCGAUAUGGGCGACACAGAAAACGACGACGGCGGCACCGCUUACCCCCCAUUAGUAGAGCAUCAUCAUUUAGCAGUAUAACAGAUUCGACCAUGUCUUUAAAUAUUAUCACAGUAACACUUAAUAUGGAUACUGUAAAUUUCUUAGGUAUCAGUAUUGUGGGUCAAAGUAAUAAAGGGGGAGAUGGAGGAAUAUAUGUGGGCUCAAUAAUGAAAGGGGGAGCAGUGGCUCAAGAUGGCCGUAUAGAACCGGGUGAUAUGAUACUGGAGGUGAAUGGUAUCAGCUUUGAGAACAUGAGUAAUGAUGAUGCUGUCCGGACACUCCGGGAAGCUGUUCAGAAACCAGGCCCUAUCACACUAGUCGUCGCCAAGUGCUGGGACCCCAACCCAAAAGGCUACUUCACGGUGCCUCGGCAGGAGCCUGUUCGUCCGAUCGACCCAUCUGCGUGGGUGGCACACACAACAGCAAUGAGGUCAGAGUGGGGGAGGGGCGGUCCGGGAUCUUCCCUCAGCACAGUCACCUCCACAAGCUCCUCUAUAACCAGCUCUAUACCAGAGUCAGAGAGAUUUGAUGAUCUCAACCUGACUGUGAACACAGACAUGGCCACAGUGGUGAAAGCAAUGGCCUCCCCAGACUCCGGCUUGGAAGUACGAGACAGAAUGUGGCUAAAAAUAACAAUACCCAAUGCUUUUAUAGGAUCUGAUCUUGUAGACUGGCUUUUCAACCAUGUGGAAGGCUUUGCAGACAGGAGGGACGCAAGAAAAUAUGCCUGUAACCUAUUAAAAGCUGGUCUGAUACGACACACAGUUAAUAAACUGACCUUCUCGGAGCAGUGUUACUAUGUGUUUGGUGACUUGUAUGCAGGGGCCCCACAGUAUCCAGAUUUAUCAGCAUUAAGCCUGGAGGAUGUGGACUCGGUGUCAGAGGCUGACCGGGAUACGCUGGCUCCUCUCCCACCCCCCUCGUGGAACAGUUACAUGCCGCAGAACAUCAGUUACAUCCCCCCGUACAGCUACACCAGCACAGAGAGCACCAGCUAUGUGGAUGGGUUUGCCCCUCCUGGAGUGGGUGUGCCCAUGGGGGGUGGGGGCGGCAGCAUCGUUGGGGGUGGAGGAAACGGCAGUGCUGGAUCUGUUCACAGUGGUUCAGUUCACUACGCAUGUCAGUGUGUACCCUUCUUUCCCUGUCGGCCACGGUUUCUGGCUCACAAAUCCCCCGCUAGUCGGGAGACCAAGUCACCAGCGCCAUCUGGGGAGGUGGAGCCUAACAACAAUCUGCAAGAGAAACUGUCGCCUGAGAUCAGCGCUAGUAAGGCUACUUGCAAUAACAGUGCGUCAGGCUCAGGGAGUAGCGCCUCUGGCAGUAGUGAACGUCGGAAAAACGACAAGGAGAAAGGAAAAGCGAGCCCAGGACACAGCGGCGGCAGUGAUACAGAAACAGGAAGCUUAGCCGGGGCACGACGAGGUCCCCCUAGCGAGCGGAGUUUACCCCCACCCCCACCAGGGCUAGCCAACAUGCCCCAAGAUCUCAGCGGCAGUCGACAGUCUUUCAGAAUGGCCAUGGGAAAUCCUUGUGAGUUCUUUGUGGAUGUCAUGUGAGAUGUCAUGUGGUCUUUCCCGUAGCCAUUCAGCCUGCUACUCUGCCUUCUUGUCAUUUAUAUUUUCAUUUGCUCUGUGGCUCGUCAUUCUGCCCUUCUGUUUUUUGACCUGGUCAAACCGGUGGUUUUGCAUGCUACAGUACUGCAACCUUUGGAAGCAAAAGUCGUAGCAGGACAUUACCAGGGAGUAACAUUAACAAAAGCACCAAGAUGGGACAGGACUCGUGUUAAUAGACAUUUUCAAGCAUCGAUGUAACUGAAUAAUUAGCUGUGCAUGUUGGUGUUGUGAUUCUGUCUUUAAUAUCAGUAAUCUACUCAUCUCCAGACAUUCGUUUUCAUCAUAAUGUCUCAACUGAUUUCCUGUUUUCCUGUAAUUAAGUGAAAUAGGUAAAUUUUCUUGGCAUGUAAAUUGAUAUUUAUAUUAGAAGAUACAGAAGCAUUAUUGCCUUUUAUUCAAUUUAUUUCUAUUGUAUGCCUUGCUUUUGUUGAAUAUCUAUAGGAAGUAUUUUACUGUACUUGUACCUCCUGUCAUUGUAGCUGUGAAAUUGUAUGCCUAUGUAUCUCUACCGAAAACCUAAAACAAUCCAUGCCUUCUGUCGUAUCGCCUUACAGGCCAGGAUACUGACCUGUGAACCCGUGACCUUUAACCUCGUGAUUGAUGUCAACGUCUGGGUAGCAUGUUAGCACAUGGAAGUGAAUACAAACAUUGCCUGCCAUGCUUGCACCCUCCGUUGUGGUAAAUGCUAACUGUGAUGCCGCUGUUGUGGCCUGCCUGUAAGGAGCAGAGGAAGAGCUUGUGGAGAAGUGCUGGAGUUGUCCAGGACUGGUGGCAGCAGAGGGAUAUUCACUACGCUUAGACUUUGCACAAAACAAGGUGGUGCCCAUCUUCUAGGACUUGAUGUCAGAGUGCACAAUGUUGCUGGACUUCAGAGCCUCUGAUAGUGGUGAAUUUGUAGUUAUUAUGGAAAGACUAGCAUCUACAGUUGAUGGCAGAGAAAAGGUGGACGACGAUUUAAAGUGAUUUAAUAUCACUUUUUCAAGAUUCCAAUGCUAUUCAGCUUUUAGAACUUUGUCUUGUUCUUGUUGGUGUUGCUUGUGAGCAAUGGCCAAGAUCUGUUUAAGCAUUGAAUUUCUUUGUUAAUUUGUUCUCUCCUGUGUAUGUUUACCCACAUAAUUGUGUGUAAUUGGAGGAAAGUGAACAAAGAUGUUUUUAUGAGCUAGCAUAAUGAACAUGCCUGAGCAGUGUAUCUUAGCUACAAGUUUUUGUGUGCUGACUAGAGACCUUGACCUUCUGUGAACUAGUGACCUUGAUAUUGUAUGCGAAGAUAUGUGGACCAUUCAGAAUGAAGAAAGUAACAAUUCCCUCCUAUGCAACACAAUGUCUGCAGAAGUAUGGAUGUGGUACAUUUUAACAGUGAACAAGUGACAGGUACAUUUGCACUUCAUUCUAGAGUGUUGUUGUGUGUGACAAGCCCUAAUUUCCAAUUGCUAUCCAUGAGUUAUGGGAAUGCAAGGUGCUGUAACCAUUUUAAAUGUUGAAACAAAUCUUUACCGUGUUUUUAAGGGAUAAGUGAAUUUUAAUCUUUAAGAACUACACAAAUUCUAAUACAUGUAUAUUUUAAUUCUUAAAGUUUAUACCUUUUGUGCUUGGUUAGUUUUUUUCUUUCUGGAAAACUUGUUCUUUAGAUAUUAACUAUUGUCAUGCUGUGUUUGAAAUAUUUACUAAGAAGAAAAACAUGAUACUCUGCUGAAGAAUUAUGUGAUAGAAAUGUUCUUCUUUUGACAAAAUGUGGUCUUUAGAAGCAAUAAUAGUUCUGACGGUUGGUCAGACUUCAGUUUUUUGCAUCAGGUGUUAUACAUGUGAGGGUCGCAAAGGACUAAAAUCUUGUUUCUGAUUAUUUUACAUUUGAACCUGGAAUGUACAGCUGAAGUAAUUCUGUUCUCCAAAAAGUCUGGUGGCUUACAUUUUGACACGGAAAACAAAAAUGAUGUUGUCAUUUCAGAAAGCAUCUGAACAGUAUUUAACAGUUUUACACCAGUGAGAGUUUCUUUAAGAAUGUAAGAGGUUUUACAUUUUUUUUUUCUCUCUCUUAUAAGAAAACAUUUAUAUGUACAUUGAAUCCGUAGUACAAUGGUGGGCUGGUCUCACAUAUUACUAAUAGUCAGACUCUGGUCAAGUCUCAGAAGAAAUACAUUUGUUUUCUGUUGAACACUUAAGAUGUCAACAUAAUGGUAAAUGAACAGACUUUUUUGUGUUAUUUUCUAAAUAUAUGUAAAUUGAUGUCUGCAAAAGGCACCCAAACAACAUUUGCUUGUCUUUUUGGAGAAUUUUUACCCCACAGAUGUCUUAUGGAUAAUGGUUAACAUUAGGGUCUUCCUUGGAAAUUGUUCACCAAAACCAAAAAUAAAUUAUGCCAAAAUUGUGAGCAAAAAAAAAUCACAUUCAUUUGAUGUUGCUUAAAUAUAUUCUUCUGAAAUAUUUUGUAGUCACUGGUGAAUAAGUAUGGUUCUUAUAGUUGCGAAUCUGUUUUCCUCUCGUUGCAAAACUUAAAGCGUAUCAUUGGAUUUCGUGUUUGAAUAUCAACCUUGAUAUCAUGCAAAUUGUAUACAUAUCAAAGUAGGUGAUCUACUAUCUUUAAUUUUAGCUACAUGUUACAUCAUAUCAUUGUCAUAUCCAGACUGGAUUUUAAAGCACUUCUGCAUUUUGCAGUCCGCUUUUCUUCUGAGAAAACGUACAUAUAUACCGAACGUGCAUAUAACAAAUUUUCAUAUGUAAAAUGUCUACUCAAACUUCAAUGAUCAGGGAAACAGUAAAGAUCACAAAUUUGCAACAGUAGUAUGUUACUGCUGUCUGUACAACAGGUUCGGGAAAUCAAAAUUUCAUCAUGUGUUCAUGAAAUAAAAAUGUUUUUCUGUAAAGGAUGGAAAAAAAUUGGAUAAAUGUUCCCAAAUAUGUCAUGCUUGGUGAUCCUGUAUGGAUUCUGCAUCUGGGUGAAGUCUUACUUGACCUUAUUUAUUUUUAAAUAUGUUAAAAUAAGGACUUACCAUUGCUUUAAAUGUUAAAUGAAUCCUAAUGCUGGUUUCAGAGGCUGAAGUAUUCAGUUAGUGAACUAUUUAUUACUGGGAUGAUUGGGACAGAAGUUAUCAUGCUUCUAGCAUCCAUUGCUGCCAUAUUGUUGCAGUAUUUCUUUUGAGGUUUAAUGUAUUUUUUGAUGAUAGGCUUUUUGGUUUCCAUUUUUUUUAUUAGACAAUGAAAGAAUGUGAUGUUUUUUUAGAAGAUGAGAAAGCAUUGGUCCCAUCAGCAAACUCUGACAGCCUGCAAAUAUGCCAGGUUUGUCUCCUCUUAAAGAUAUUGGUAUUCUGAUAUUGGUAUAUUGGUGUGAACCAGGCAACAAUAAAUUUGUUUAACAUGCAACCUGGUCUCAACUUUCUCAAACUGUUCCCUCCCUCACCCCCACCAAUUCUGUUCAUUAGUCCUAUCCCACUACCCCAUUCUACCCACCCCAACCUCCACCCUUUGCCAUCUGACCACACAUUACCACCUUUCCACACAUAUCGUCAGUUGUCAAAGUUAACCCUAUGACUAUUGUAUACGACAGUUGCCCAAAAUACCAGCGAACCAAUUACCAAGCAACCUAGCUCAUCCAGGCUUUCAGACUAUUUAGUGUAAUAAGACACUUCAGCAGUAGCCUGCUGAUCAUGUUCACAACCUGUCUUUAAUGUACAUAUUGAUUUUACUUCAGUGCAUGUUAAAAGUAAUGCACGAAAAAUGUCACUGUCACAUUUGCGAAUGAAAGUGCGAGAGAUAUUUGUUUUUUGUUGGGUUUUUUUCUUGGUUUGUUAAGGGGGGAAUACCCAUAGCUAGUCCUAUGUUUUUUCAUAUAUAGCUUUGGCCCACCUUGGUUUUUGCUGAGGCGUAUUGACGGCCGAUGUAGCGGAGACUCUUACCUGUUUGGUGAGCCCAUGCGUGAAUGAAGCUGGUAAGGUGUAGCUGCUGUACAUGGUUUCAGCACAUUUGUCAUAAUAAACAUGUAAAUCCUGA